UUGGCUGAGACUCGAGGUGACGUUUAUCUUCCCUUUUACAAUCCUUUGACAAACCUAGAGUAGUAUAAGGUGUAAACCAUCUGCUCGAAUGCUAAGAAACAAAAAAACAUUGGCUGAGACUGAAGGUGAUGCUUAGCAAAUGGUUUGCUGGGAGUGAAUGUUCUAAAUCGAUGACCAUAAUCCAUAAUUAGAGUGAAGGAGUAGGCUAUCAAAUGAAACAUGGUGAUUCAUUUAUGAAUGACCAUCCUUUUAAGCAUCCAUUCCUGAUUUGAUCAUUGAACAAGAUUGGAGCAGGUAAUAGUGACACAGUGGCACUGGCCCAGCCUAUAUCAAACUUCUGACUCAAGCGGAUUAUCCAUAAAAUUGCAGGUCACUCUCAAACUCGCACACUAUCAAUAUUCAAUAGAAUUUCAUACAGACGACAGAUUUUUUGUGUAAACAACAAAAAAAGCGUCCCAUAGAAGAAACCCAAAUAUUUCCGACUCCAAUCAUCCAAUCCCAAGAAUUUGAUUGCUACUCCACUUUCAUAACUUUUGCCCAAAACGCCAAACCCUCCUGCGUCCUGCCUCUCCACAUAAGCCCCACAACCCUCUGUAAACCCUCGAAAAGUCAUGGCCUCUCAUCACCACCACAACACCACCUGCUGCUCCUCCUGCUGUUGUAGCCAGUGCUGCCAACCACCACCACUACAGCCACAGACCCAACACUCUGACCCUCUUUUACAAGCCCUUGCCUCUCUCCUCCUCCAAUCCCGAGCCCCUCCUCAAUCACAACAAAAUCAUUAUCUAAGUCUAACCCAUCUUCUCAAAACGUUCCAAGGUCAAAACUCUGCCAGUAGAAAACAUCACUUUCAUCAGAAACACCACCACCUAGAAGAACCCAACUUUCUCCUCUCUUCACUUGUCAGCCGCAUCAAUGCUCUCGAAUCAUCACUCCAACAUUUUUCCGAAACUUCAAAUUUUUAUUCUUACCCUUCAUGUUCUCUUAAAGAUGCAGCUGCUCGUGUCAUCCAAACCCAUUUCAGAGCCUUCCUUGUUCAUAGAUCAAGAACACUUAGACAGCUCAAAGAUCUUGCCCUCAUCAAAUCAAGACUCAAUUCUCUUAAACUCUCAAUUUCAAAUAAAACCUAUUUUGUUUGUGAAGCUGUUUCUCAAAAAGCCAUGGACUUGCUUCUCAAACUUGACUCUUUUCAGGGUGGUGAUCCAAUGAUUAGAGAUGGUAAAAGGUCAGUUAGUAGAGAUUUGGUUCAGUUUUUGGAAUAUAUUGAUGGGUUGGCUUUAAAAUGGCAUAAGCACUUGUAUAAAAAUGCAAAAAAUGUGACGGUUUUUGGCAAUGGUAGUACAGCUAGGAUUUUGAGGUCUAAUUCUGGAGAUAUAAUGGAGACAUUGGUAGAGAGAGUUGAAAAACUUGAGAGGUUUUCUAGAUAUGAAGAUGGUGAUGAUGUGGAGCUUGAAGGGUUUCAUCAAAUUAUUGGUGAAGAAGAGAAUCCUAGGAUUUCUAUUGCUGGAAAUGGUGGGGUUUUGUUGAAAAGGCAGGGGAGUCAACCUAGAGGGAAGAAAACUGUGAGCUUUACUGAGAAUGGGAAUGUGUAUAGGAUUAUUGGUAGUGGAAAUGAGGUUUGUUCAAGUGGAGAUAGCAGUUUAACUGAUGAGAGUGUUUCAAGUGAUGAUCAUGGAGAGAUAAUGGAGAAUCUUCUUAAAGAAAGUGGAGGAUUAGUUGAGAAUGAGGAGGAAGUGAACUUCGAUAAUGAAGAAUCCUUCCAGAGCAGCGAUGGAGAGAAGAAUACCAGGAGGGACUUGAGCAGACAGGCUAGAAGUGAGAUUAAUGGGGAUUAUCAGAUUCAAGAUGGAGAUUUUGUGUUUUCUGCUCCAUUGCCUAAUAAGAUGGAAUCCAAAGCUGACCUGAUGAAGAAGAGAAAGAGUGAUCUCAAAAUUGUCUCAUAGACAGCUGCAUUAUGAGGGGAUUAGAUGUUUAUUGGCUCUUCCAUAUUGUCACUCUAAUUUUGAGUUCGGAUUGAUGAGAGAGUGCAACAUGGAGGUGUCUUGAUGGCCCCUGCUACCUGUUCGUUGUUUGUAAUAUGGCAGGGCCUGGAUUUGACUAAUUUUCUGUAACUUGCCCCCAAGUGUGUGUUUAAUGUUAGCUGAAUUGAAUUGCCAUUCUUUCCUUGUAUCUUGUCUUCACAACCAUUAUUCCAUUAAGAAGGUACAGAGUUAAUGUUUGAGCUUACUGGCUCAUAAAAAUGCGGAAAUUGUGGUCAAAAUUUUCCAAUAUCUAAUACUGUAUUCCAAAAUUUUGCCACUGAAAUGCCAUAUUUACCGAGCAAGAUCUGUAAAUGGAUCCUACAUCCGGCGUUUGGGUCAAUUACCCUUCAUUUGGUUAAUAAAAAGCCCAAGAUUUUAUCUUUAUUAUAUAAAUUAAUAAUGCAGAAGCAGCUGAACGAAUUGCAAUUUUUUUAUAUCCUAGUGUAAUGCUAAAAGCCAGUUUCAAAGUGGUUUAAU